AUGUACUUUUUUGGUGAUGCUUCCAUGACAUUGCGGACGGCUGUGCGUGAAGUUGGAGCCACCCGUGAGAUAAUUUCACCGAGUAGAUCUCUUGGGAGUUCCUCAAGUUGUGACUGUGAUUGGUUUUCAGCCAUUUUGAUGAGGCGGCCCGAUUCAGAUACUCGUGAUAUAAUAUCACCAAGAAGAUCUUGUGGUAGGUCUUCUCGGAGUGAGAUUGUGCUGAUGGGAGCCAUUUUUGGGUCGUAUGUGGUGUUCAACCGUAGAACGGCCAAGUUGUGA